UAUUUUGACUGCGUCAGACCAACACUGCUACCUACUUGUAACUAAUACUAUGGAAGGCACCACAUUGAGCAGCCUUUAUUCAUUUAGCUUUUACGUACUAUUGCCUAGCCUGCAAUACCGGGUUCCAGUGGUUAAAACCCUGCUUGCAUAUGCAUGCUUUGUUUUGCAGAGCAUUUAAAGCAGGGCUGGAGGGCCACAGCUUCCCUACCCCUGCCUUAAAGCAAUUUAAAUCAGUCAUGGGAAAUUGCUAUAAAAAUCCAAAUUUCUAUGGGCUUAUCUUUUGCUUCCUCAUAACUUUUAAUUAAGUGCUGCUUCGUACAUGGAAAUAUUCAAGCAUGGUGUUACUAGCACUUUUAUAUUACACAAUUUUUAUUUAUUUAUUAAAACGUUUUUCAUUGGCCAUAUUAAUUUAUGGGUCUUUACAGAUAACAGGUAUGGUGACUGAUUCCAACAGCGGAAACUUGGCCACUCCUCACCCAUUAUGAAGCUGGUAGAAUUACAUAUGGUAGAAAUUGAGAUAAAGAAGACUUGAGUUGCAGAGGUAACAGUGAAGAUUGUGAAAUGACAGGGAUAUUGUCACAGGUUUCCCCAACCCUGUUCUAAAAUGAAUGCCUUAUCUGACUGACUGCAUAAUGUUCUUGUAUGAUGAGAGGAAAGCAGUUGUUUCAUUCUAUCCCAGGCUUCCUCGACCCUCCAGAUGUUUUGAGACUACAAUUCCCAUCAUCCCUGACCACUGGUCCUGCUAGCUAGGGAUCAUGGGAGUUGUAGGCCAAAAAACAUCUGGAGGGCCGAGGUUGAGGAAGCCUGUUCUUUCCCUUAGAAAAGCGCAGAAGUAGUUUGGGAUACAUUAUAUGUUUUUGUUGACAAGUCAUCCUGUAUAGAGCCAACGUUUUGCUAGUUUUGGUGUAGCUAUUUUUAUUAUUGAAAGAGAAAGCUCCUUCAGGAAAAUUUUAUUUUGGGUUUCAAUGUGAUAUAAGGUAGCUGUCUAAAGCUAAGAUUGUGAAUUGGCAUGUUACCUUUUCAUCUUGGCAGUGUGGAUAAGCUUUUGGUUGUAUCUGAUUUCAUUGUAUAGUUACAACAUAUCCAGGAAUAAAGAUAUUACUUCCUUAUCUCAUGCUUUCCUGGGGUGGGGGGUUUGCCUUCAUAGAAAAAUAAUGUAUAGAGCCAGAUUAGGUUUAGGAUUAUUAAUAGGAAUUAUAGAUCAAAGAAUAUUUGCAGUAGCAAGGUUGCUAUGUAAAUCUUGGGUAAAUAGUUGAUUAAGUUGCAAUAGACUUGAUAUUGGUGUAAUGCUGUUAUGCAAGUUGGUACAUACUGCAUGUUUGAUUAAGCAUAAUUUUUAAAUGCAUAUUAUGCUUGUUAUUCAAACCAGGGACUAUGUGAUUCAUAGUUCAGUCUCUUUCCUACUUUGCUACAACACCUUUUUAUUGGUUUUGGGGAAAAGGCAUAGCUUAUUGGCCCAAGACAUCUUGGGCAGUGUGGGACAUGCUCCCAAGGCCAAAGGCCAAUUUAAGAGUUAAGUGCUGGUAGCUGCUUGAACUUUUGUUUUGUAGGGAUCAGGAAGAGGCUGUUAGAAUUUUUAUUUAUCGACAGCUUUGAAAAAUGGAAAUGAAGGUACUUGGUUUGAUUUGACAAUGUUUAUAUGUCUAUUGCCAAACAAAUAUUUCUGCUGUAGGACAUUUGACCUGAGUAGGUCAAAAUACUAAAAUAAGAACACCUGUUACUUGAUCAGUUCAGGUUCAGUCUUCAUCCCACUGAAAUUAACUUCAAUUGUUUGGAGUAAAUAGUAAGACUGAUUUUAAAAUAUGCUGCCAUUAUGUAGUAAUUGAAACAAAUUGUCUGAGGAGCAGAUGCAAUUCAUUUAAUACCUGAAUGUAGAAAAUAAGCAGCAUUACUAUUUUUAGCAAGUGAUGAGUGUUCCAGGAGAAUGAUGAUAGAUGGAGUGUUUGUGUACAAUUGUAACUCUACACCAUAGUCUUGGGAUAUAUUUAGGAAAAGCACUGUUUGAUUAUGCCUGUUGCUUCACACAGGCUCAAUUCACUUUAUAUGCCUUUGCAGAAUCAUAUAUAAGCUUGGUUCACAAGGUGAGUCAAGUUAUAAUUUGUUUAAAUGAAAUGUAUUGUGGGAAUAAGCAACUUGGGUUUUUAUUAUAAUAUUUUGCAGAGAAACCUUCUUAAAACAACAACUAGUGUUAAGGUAAUGGAUUACACAUACUUGUUUUACUCUGAUGAUAGAAGGUUCUUUGAUCCAGCAGAAGCUUCCAUGAAUGGAAAUUGUGCAGGAGGUGAUUUCUUCUGAUUCCCCCUUUCAUCCUACAGUCUCCUGCACCACUUCCCAGGAUCCCCCAAGCCUGUAGAGCAGAUGAUGACCAGGGGGGAAUUGGCAGGAAUUCACCACCACCGCUUCUUUCCCUCAGAAAAGAUUUGCUUCUCUACCUUUGUUGUGUGCUUGGUGUCUCAUCCAGUGGAGCUUUAUAGGGGGUAUUUUGCACACUGGUACCUUCUUAUAGCUUGUUGCGGCUUAUUUGCAAGGAUAUAAACAACUUGCAUCUAUAAGGUUCUAGAUACUGCUACUGUAGCAGGUCAGUUUCUGGAGGCUUCCAGAGUGCUAUCUGGUCAUGUGUUAAUGGAUGAGUUUCAGUUGAUAUGGCUCAAAUAUAUGGACAAGGUGCGAGACAGGAGCAGGUUGAUACUUGUGUUCUUGCCCAGGAGACUGCCAGCUGGGCCAAGGAGAUGAUGACUACGGUACCUUUCUGAGAGGGAGUGGUGCCAGGUAACCUGAAAGAGGCAUCAGGGAGACCAGUCCUUAAGAGACCCUCCUUAGACUCAGAAGAUCUAAGUAUAGUCCUGUUGCAAAUGUCACCUUCCUGGGCAAGGUUCUUAUAUGGCUCAUCAUCGACAAACUACAGGCACUCUUGGAUGAGUCAAGCAGAGGGAGAGGGGCUUUGUUCACGUCCCACUUAUGGACUGCCUGAAGGUACCUGGCUAACCACAGUUGGAAACACUUUUCUGGCCUAUAUUAAUUAGGUUACUGGGUGAGUUUGUGACACAGAUAACAUUUCCAGAUCACAAUACCCAUGAUGCUAUGCCCAUUGUUAAAUUUUGAUUGCUAAAUAGUGGCUGUAACUAGUUAAUAAGGUCACAUAUGAAAACUCUCAGUUAAAUUAUAAUGAUAAUAAUGUUCAUGAUAGAACAUAUGAAGCCAUGUGAUACAGAUUCAAAUCAUAGGUCCACCUAGCUCAGUGUUGUCACAAUUGUCACCACCUAUCCAGGUUCCUAGCUCUGCUUUGCCAGACCUGCUUUUCGAUCUUCUCAUUUGAGAUAUCAAUGAUAAAUUCUGGGAACGUUGGCAUGCAGUGCAUGGACUCUAUUAUGGGGUUGUAGUCCCUCCCAUUUAUUAGAGAUCAAUGUAGGUUAAUGGUCUUCACACAGCACCUCAUAUGAACCAACUAUUUGGCUAGCGGGAUGGUAUUUGUUUCGUAAGGAAUUGCAAGGUGAAAAAUAAACCCUGUUUCAAUAAACUAUGUAUGGGUCAUCAGCUGUGCUGCAUUGUACAGUGGCCUAAUCGAUGAACACAUUGUGUAAAUGCUCUCAUCAGGAAAGUGAUCAGAUUUCAUGGCAUUCAGUCUCCAGAGCGUACACAGGCACAAACCCUAUGUAGGCUAAUUUUUUUACAGCUGCCCCCCCCAUAUUAAAUGAAUAAAACACCACGCUGACAAUCAUUUCAGUUUCCUUGGCAAUUUUUAUUUUGGGGUGUGGCUCUGAUCAGAUGUGAUGAGAUGUAAAUAUAAGUCUUUGCCAGUUUGGAGGGAUUGGCUAUGUGACAUUAUAGUGCUGGCAAAGUGGUCCCUAGCAGACUAGGGCAAGUGGUGCCCUCAAAAUAUUGGGAUAAGUGGGUAGACCCAUGAAAACAAUGCACUUAGGGCCUAGUGUGGGUAGAACUAACAUUGGAUACUACCCUACAACAUCUGCUUGUAAGUUAUGAAGUGGAUCAGUUAGGGAAAGAAUGCAAUUUUGAAAGGAAAAAAAUCUAGCAUUUCCAACGUUGUUUAUAAGGAAAGAUGAGCUGGUUUAGGAAAUUGUUUAUUCCACCAGCACCCCUUCUAGUCUUACCAUUUUUUCUUAUUACAGAUGUUGCGGUAGUGGAUAUGAGUGAUGUUUCCAGACAACCAUCCCUAUUCUACCACCUUGGAGUACGUGAAAGCUUUGAUAUGGCCAAUAAUGUUAUACUCUAUCAUGACACUGAUGCUGAUACUUCUCAGUCACUGAAGGACAUGGUGUCUCAGAAAAACACAUAGGCUGCAGUUGCCAACCGCAAAGCUUUUCUUCAAGUACAACUACCUCCAGAAUACCACAGUGGUGGUAUGAUGGGCAAAGCUUCAAGUGGCAAUUACUACUUCAUUCCGUACAUUGUAACGCCAUGUGCGGAUUAUUUUUGCUGUGAAAGUGAUGCCCAGCGGAGAGCCUCUGAGUACAUGCAGCCCAACUGGGACGCCAUCUUGGGGCCUCUGUGCGCUCCAUUGAUGGACAGGUUUAUCAACCUUCUCAAGGACAUUCAUGUCACAUCAUGUACAUAUUACAAGGAAACUCUGUUAAAUGACAUUAGAAAAGCUAGAGAGAAGUAUCAAGGAGAAGAAUUGGCAAAGGAACUCACCAGGAUUAAACUUCGUAUGGAUAAUACUGAAGUCCUCACUUCUGACAUUGUAAUCAACUUACUUCUGUCAUAUCGAGAUAUCCAGGACUAUGAUGCCAUGGUGAAGCUGGUGGAAACACUGGAAAUGCUCCCUACUUGCGAUCUGGCUGAUCAGCACAAUAUCAAAUUUCAUUAUGCAUUUGCACUGAAUCGAAGAAACAACACAGGUGACCGGGGGAAGGCAUUGCAAGUGAUGCUGCAGGUCUUGCAGACAUGUGAUCGCCCAGCACCUGACAUGUUCUGCUUGUGUGGGAGAAUCUACAAGGACAUUUUCCUUGAUUCGGACUGUAAAGACACCAGCAGCUGGGACAGAGCCAUUGAAUGGUACCGUAAAGGGUUUGAGCUCCAGUCAACUCUGUAUUCUGGGAUUAACCUUGCAGUCUUGCUGAUUGUUGCAGGGCAGCAGUUUGAAACCUCCAUGGAACUAAGGAAAAUAGGUGUGCGAUUGAACAGUUUGUUGGGAAGAAAAGGAAGUUUGGAAAAAAUGAACAAUUAUUGGGAUGUCGGGCAGUUCUUCAGUGUAAGCAUGCUGGCCAGUGACAUUGGUAAAGCAGUGCAAGCAGCAGAGAGGCUGUUUAAACUGAAACCACCCAUUUGGUAUUUGAAGUCAUUGGUUCAGAACCUGAUGUUAAUACAGCGGUUCAAGAAACUCACCAUAGAACAUUCUCCUAGACAAGAGAGACUGAACUUCUGGUUAGAUAUCAUUUUUGAGGCAACUAAAGAAACAACUAAUGGCUUGAGAUUCCCAGUAUUGGUGAUAGAGCCGACUAAGAUAUACCAGCCUGCGUAUGUUUCAAUCAACAAUGAAGCGGAAGAAAGAACUGUUUCCCUUUGGCACGUGUCUCCGACAGAAGUGAAACAGAUUCACGAGUGGAAUUUUACAGCUUCUUCUAUUAGAGGAAUAAGCAUAUCUAAAUUUGACGAACGGUGUUGUUUUCUGUAUGUCCACGACAACUCUGAUGACUUUCAGAUCUACUUUUCUACAGAGAACCAGUGUAGUAGAUUUUGUAGUCUGGUUAAAGAGAUUUUAACAGAUGCUGUAGGAAGUACUCUGGAACUGGAAGGAGAGAUUGAUGGAGACACAUUGGAAUAUGAGUAUGACUAUGAUGAGAAUGGAGACAGAGUAGUGUUAGGCAAAGGAACCUACGGGAUAGUUUAUGCUGGAAGAGAUCUUAGCAAUCAGGUCCGAAUAGCCAUCAAAGAAAUACCAGAGAGAGACAGCAGAUAUUCUCAGCCGCUGCAUGAAGAAAUAGCCCUCCACAAGUAUCUGAAGCACCGGAAUAUUGUCCAGUAUCUUGGUUCUGUUUCUGAAGAUGGAUAUAUUAAAAUCUUCAUGGAACAGGUGCCUGGAGGAAGUCUUUCUGCAUUACUAAGAUCAAAAUGGGGACCAAUGAAAGAACCCACAAUUAAGUUUUACACCAAGCAAAUCCUAGAGGGCCUGAAGUAUCUCCAUGAGAACCAGAUUGUCCACAGAGACAUAAAAGGAGACAAUGUUUUAGUCAACACAUACAGUGGAGUAGUAAAGAUUUCUGAUUUUGGGACCUCCAAGCGCCUUGCAGGAGUGAAUCCAUGUACAGAGACCUUUACAGGCACUUUGCAGUACAUGGCACCAGAGAUUAUUGAUAAGGGACCUCGAGGAUAUGGUGCACCAGCUGAUAUCUGGUCUUUGGGCUGCACUGCCAUUGAAAUGGCGACAGGGAAGCCUCCCUUUCAUGAACUGGGUGAACCACAGGCAGCUAUGUUCAAAGUUGGAAUGUUCAAAAUUCACCCUGAAAUUCCUGAAUCACUAUCUGCUGAAGCAAGAGCUUUUAUUUUGCUUUGCUUUGAACCUGAUCCAAAUAAGCGUGUCACAGCAUCGGACUUACUUAAGGACCCAUUCUUGAAACAGUUGAACAAGGGCAAGAAAAACAGAAUUGCAUUCAAGCCUUCAGAUUAUAACCGCAGCACAUCACUCCCGUUGCCAGUCCAGGGAGAGCAGGCUGGCAGCAGCAGCAGUGAACACGGCUCAGUUUCACCAGACUCUGAUAUGCCACAUGACAUGCUAUUUGAAAAGGCAAGGCGCUCCGUGUCAGAGGUUCAGACAAAGAGUCCUAUCUCCCAUUUACUAAGUGUUCCCGACGACAGCUCCAUUUCAGAUGAGCGAAGUGCUUCCCCUUCACUUGAGGAAAGGGAUUCUGGUCUUUUCUUGCUACGAAAGGACAGCGAACGACGUGCAAUUCUAUAUAAAAUCCUCAAGGAAGAGCAAAACCAAGUAGCUUCCAAUUUAAAAGAAUGCGUAGCACAGAGUUCUGAAGAACUGCAUCUUUCAGUUGCUCAUAUCAAGCAGAUAAUUGGGAUUUUAAGAGAUUUCAUACGUUCUCCUGAACACAGAGUUAUGGCAUCAACUAUAUCCAAGUUGAAAAUUGACCUGGACUUUGACAGUACUUCCAUCAAUCAGAUUCAUCUAGUGUUGUUUGGAUUUCAAGAUGCAGUUAACAAAGUACUACGGAAUCAUUUAAUCAGACCUCAUUGGAUGUUUGCUAUGGAUAAUAUAAUACGACGUGCUGUUCAAGCUGCUGUCACUAUUCUCAUUCCAGAACUUCGAGCUCACUUUGAACCAGCAUCAGAGACUGAAGGAGUUGACAAAGAUGCAGAUGAAGUAGAUGAGGAUUACCAGCAAGCGCAGCAAAAAAGACACGAAGAAACAGUUAUCACGUCUGGAGUGUGCAUGCUCACGUCUUCUGUGACCCCUGACACUCAGCAGCAGCUCAGCUUGCAGUUGGGCAAGCUUAAGCAAGAAACAAACAGGUUACUGGAGAGCCUGGUACAGAGGGAGAGAGAAUACCAGACACUGCUAAGGCAAACACUGGAGCAAAGAAUUCAAGACUUGCAUCUCCUUCAGCUACAAACUCCUGAAAUUCAACCACCUCCAUCUGCUCUUCAGCACUGCGUAGACCAAGAACUGGUCUUGUGGUUAAAGCAACAGAAAGCUGAUUCAGAUACAAUUGAUAGGUUUGUUCAAGAGGAUUAUACACUCAGUGAUGUUCUAAACCACAUCACUAAAGAUGACUUGCGAUUCCUUAGACUUCGUGGUGGUAUUCUUUGCCGAAUAUGGAAUGAAAUAUUAAAACACAGAAAACUGAAUAAACUCUUGGAAGCAUAACUCUUACGCAAAGUUCUGAGAAAUUGAAAUGGGAAGAGAGCACACAUUCCAACUAAGUUAUUAAUUACUGUACAUACUGUUUAUACUGGUCCUACAGCUUUUGCACUAAGUUAUAUUAAAGUCAUGUGAUGAUAAUCUUUUCUACUAGUAUACUUAAUCAUGUAUUUUUUCAGAUGUGUAAAUAAUAUAGUAGCUUGGAAACUGCUUGCCUUAUAGACAAAAAUGUAGCCUGUGCACUUUAACCACUCAUAUCAAAUACAUAGUGUUCUAGGCAUGCCAGCUGCUUUUUAAAAACAAUAAUUGCUGCCUGCUGAUUUAAUAUAAAUUAUUACUAUGUACCAACUGGUUUUUUAUAUUAUAAAAUUAUACAAAGAUCCUAUGCAAAGAGUGGGUUACAGACUCACUCUAGGUGCAUAUUAAAAAGGUAAAAUAAACAUGCUGAAAAAGACUUCUUUUCGUU